UUCCUGGUUGUCAGUAUAAGGAGGAGCUGGGAGCUGGAGUGGGCCAGACAAGACGUGGGGGGAGUUCUCGCAAGCGAUCUAGCGGUCUAUGGGGAGCCGACAGAGGGACUCGGAAACAGCGACACCGAAACGCAUUGGCAGACGAGUGCAGGACCUCGAGCAGACCGUGUAAAUACGGCAAAACAGAGGGGGGGAAAAAGAAAGUGGCACGGGAGAGAGGUAUCCCCGGGGAGUUAACAAGGUGGUGCCGGUGCUGGUGCUGGGGGGGCAGGCGGGGUGGUACAGCUCGAGUCUGAAUCCAGGAAGUAUAAGCCGGUCAGGUGGGACGAGACAAGACAGCACAGGUGAUCCGCGCUUACGCACCGGCGUGCAGUCUCACAGCUCUUCGACCCGAGAGGACUGCCGGAGUCAGUGAGGGACAGUGAGGCGGGCAGCGUCUCUGGAGUUUAUGGACUGGAGCAUGACCUCUGAGAAACGGAAUAACAUUGUGGAACAGCAUUGGUGAUGGUGGAACAACAGGACAACGGAAUGAUGGAUGGACCGACGCACAUUUGGGGAGGGGGGCAUGUGGGCGAACGGGGGGGAGGGGUCUCUCUCUCGCACUCUUUCUGCCGCCGAGCACCCUCUUUUCAUAAAACAGGAAGAGACUGAGUGAGCGAGCGAGAGAACGAGGUAGCGAUCCCCAAGGAUGAGUGUGGUACCCACUUUCUAAGACGGCAGUAGAGAGGUGACUAAACCCCCGAAAACACCAAAGUUACUGAAAGUAGUGAAACACGAAGAGUUGGGCAAAGAGAGAAGCCUGACGGAGUGGAAGAGAACGACGGAGCGAGAACAGCACGCAGAGACGGAUGCAAUGACGCAGGCUCUGCUUUUUCCCACCUCGGCUUGCUCUGUGCUGAGAACCGGCAAGCAGGUGGCAAUGUCUCCAGGAGAGGACGGCUUAAUCGGGAUCCCCUUCCCGGAGCACAGCAGUGAGCUCCUGUCCUGCCUGAAUGAGCAGCGGAGGGCGGGGCUUCUGUGUGACCUCACCUUGACUUCUCGAGGUGCCCGCUACUCCACGCACCGCUCCGUCAUGGCCGCCGUCAGUCUGUACUUCCGCAAUCUCUUUGGCGCGGAGGAGGGGGAACCCGGGGAUGCUGGCUUGGUGGGGGGUGGCUGCAGCGUCUGCCAGCUGGACUGUGUGGCCCCUGACGCCUUGGACGCGCUUCUGGAGUUCGCCUACACGGCCACGCUGACCAUCCGCAGCUCAGGGAUGCGGGACGUGCUGAAGGCUGCACAGCUGCUGGGUAUCCAGUGUGUAGCUGACGCCUGCAGGGACAUCCUGGGCGAGACCAAGGGGGAAGGGGAUGAGGAGGAGGAAGAGGAGGAACGGGAGCGAGGGAUCAUAGUGAGGGAGCGCACCGAGGAUACCAUGCAAAGUUCCCGGCGCAAGCGAGACAAGCAGCACAUCCUGAAAUCCAGGUUGUCUCACCUGCAGCCCCGGCUCGACUCCCCCUGUAGCUCGCCCACACCAGAACUCCCCCGGGCCCCCACUAGCCCCGGCUAUGACGAGUACUCACCCCCAGGAGGGCAGAAUGGUGGAGGGCAGCAUGCUGGCUGGGAACCUGGGUUUGUGAACGGGAGUAAGCACUGGGCCCCGGUGGACACCCCCUUGCCAGUGCAAGCUGAGGGCGGCCUUUCGGAAGAGGAAGACAAGAUGGGCCCCCCUCCGCUGCCGGAGCGAGGGGGCGUUGCUGGCGGGGGCAGGAAGAGGAAGUCGCAGACUCCCCAGCAGUGCCCAGUCUGUCAGAAAAUCAUCCAUGGUGCAGGGAAACUGCCCCGCCACAUGAGGACCCACACAGGGGAGAAGCCCUUCCAGUGUUCUGCCUGCGGGGUGCGCUUCACUCGGAAUGACAAGCUGAAGAUCCACAUGCGGAAACACACAGGCGAACGCCCCUACCCCUGCCCGCACUGCCCCGCUCGCUUCCUGCACUCCUACGACCUGAAGAACCACCUGUCGCUGCAUAGCGGCGCCCGGCCCUUCGAGUGCCCACUCUGCCACAAGGCAUUCGUGCGCGAAGACCACCUGCAGCGCCACCGCAAGGGCCACAGCUGCCUGGAGGUGCGCACGCGCCGGCCUCGCCGCGUGGGCGUCAGUGUCGGGGAGGCCUCCUCGCUCCUGGAUUCCCUCCCCCUGUCGCAUGCCCCCGCCUUCUCCCGCUCGCCCCCCGCCUCGUCGGGCCGGCCUCUGCUGUUCCCCCCUGAUGCAGAUGGCCCCCCCAUCCCCCUCCACGCCAUGCCGCUACUCGGGCCACGCGGGCCUCCAUACCAGGCCCUCCUCUUCAGAGGCGUGGGGGUGCCUGGGGGCCCCAUCGAGGAGAUGGGAGUCCCUAAUGCCACGCAUGGCCCCCCAGGCCCGCAGGUGAGCUGGGGGGAGGAGGAGGAGGAGGACAAUGAGGAGGAGGAAGAUGAGGAUGAGGAGGAGUAGUGGUACAAAUGGGAGUGCGUGUGCCUGUAGGUCUGUGUGUGGUUUGUGCUGCGUUGGUGUGGCUGCGGGAGGAGCGAUCGGGCCCUCAGAUUCCCUGCGUGGCUUCAGAGGACCCGGCCACUCCAUGGGGCACUUACUGAAACUUUGGGGGGGGUUGGACAAGAAAACUAAAGAUCGGGGGUUGGGGUCCUGAUUGUUUCUUUAUUUCUGUGUAAUUUUAUUUUGAGUUGUUUUAUUUUCUCAUGUAAUUAUUCUGAUUUUUGUUGUACUGUAAAGAUCUUUAAAUGAGACUGUAUAUGACUUAAUUGUUUUUGUUGACGUUUGGGUACCUAAGCAGGUGUGGAAUGGAGUCUUGUCACCAAGCAAUAACGCAAGAAUAUAACGAAUUAAAAAAAAUAUAUAUAUAUUGAACCUACCAAAGAGAGCUGUGUUCAAAUGGGAGACGAUGUUGUAACACUGCUGUUGGGUGUAUCAAGCCAUUAUGAAAAAGAGACCAAAAAGUUGCUUGGAUUCAAGCAUUUUUGUUUACUGACAGCUCGAAUACUUUGAAGUUCAAACGUGUGGACUAUGCAAUGGCCUUCUGCUUAAUGUAUAUUUGUAAAACUGCCACCUAGUGGAACAGAAGUAGAAUUGCCUCUGGACAGCUAUGCAUCUGAUUCAAAAACUCUUGUACUGGGAAGUUUCUGCUUGAAACCCUAAUGGAAUCACUUUAUAUCCUCAAUGGAGCCAUCUAUAUUAUCUGGAUAAUGUAUCCUAGCUCGUAGCUAAUAGCUUGUAAGACAUCCCUUCGACAUUCUGGUGCACUGGGCAGCAUCUGUGCUUUUACUACAGAGGCUGCUGGUUCAAGUCUUAGGUAGCAUCCUGCGGUUGUAGCCUUAGGCAGGGUACUUAACUGGAAGUUUAAUCCUUAACUGCUACUUAGCCUGCCUGUAUAUCAUCUGCUAAAGCACCUCAUAAUGAGCACUUCCGAGAUGGGAGUUUGAUGCGGAAUCCAACGAGUGAGAGCAAGGGGAAGAAGCCAAGGACAAAGAGGGACUUCCAAAAAGCUGCUGAAAGUACUGCUUUCUGUCUCAAGCGCCUGUCAGUCACCUCCCCUGCUGAGGGGGGGAGGGUUGAUCUGCAGAGACGCUGAUCUGAAUGUCUGACAAAAAAUGAGCUACGCUGGUGGCGCUUUGGCGAGGAUGGCGUAUAUCCUUUUUGUUUUCUGCUCUGCUUGGUUCAUUCCCCAUCCUCCACUGCCGUCUUCCAAAUCACUCUCUGUUCAUUGUUUUGAUGGAAAAAAGAGAAUGCACGGUAUUUAUUUAUUUAUUAAUAUUUAUUGUGGUUUUCCAGUUAAAACUCUGAGAAUCCUCACCACCAUCACCUUCUCAGCAUCCCUGACGCUUACUCUCCAUCCAAGUACCUUAGCUGGAAACCAUAGAGGCGGAAGGCCUUUGAGUUGUCGGUCCUCUGAACCGUUUUCCCCUCCUUUAUUUUGUCCCCCCAAAUCUCAUCAGCCAUGUGCUUCCACACUGUACCUUCCUCUGGAAUGACUCGAGAAGCCUGUAUUCCUGUGUUGAGUAGCGGGGAAGAGGGAGAGGGGGGGGGGGUGAACUGAAAAUGUAGAAAUAAUUUCAGUGGACAAUGUCGAUGGUGAAUGGGACUUUACAGUGAGGUUAUGUUUGGGGGUCAAAUAAAAAUGAAUGAAUACGUGUGCUGUGUUACUUAAACUCUUUAGAAGGGCCACCAUGUUCCUGGUUUCCAGUUUGUUUCUGCUUUGAGAAACUCCUCUUUUUUUUCAUGCAUUAUGAGAGCCAUGUUCCCUUGGGGACGUUAGUGGUCGGUUAUGGGUAGAGUACAUGACUUCUUUGUAUAUUGUGAAGUAUUGACAAUGCGCAACUGUUGGAUGGCAGCCAGUCAUAUCAAUAACAACUAACAAGGCCUAUAACCAAGCCCAGAUCUCUCUAUCUAGGUGUGUGACGUCUGUACUGUAUUGUUUAGAAAGGGGUUCUGUUGUUUCUGGUUUAUUUGCACUAAAUUAAGAGCUUUAUUACUUUUCUCUUCUGCCAAUCUCCAUUCCAUGACUGCACAAAAUAAUUUUGAUUGUAAAGAAAAAAUAUAUAUAGGAUAUAUAUAUAUAUAUAUAUAUAUAGAUCUAUUUCUUUGAGAAACAAAUGUUGUCUAUUCUUUCUACUGCAUAGAUGUACAGUCCUUGUUAUAGUGUGGAGUUUAUAAUGUAAAGGGUCACCCUGCCUUGAACUCUUUUGCAACUAUUCUCAGGAAAUCUUGGGCAAUGCACUGAGUGAAUAUGCAAUAAAAAAUCUAUGGAGCAAUGUCUUUUUACACAAAUGUGUUUGAAAGUGUUCACAUCCUCUGCUUUAACGUACCAUUCUGAAUACUCGGUGGAAUACUAUCAGAACUGGCUAAACCCCGACAAUACGUUUAAGGGAAAUGCAGUCGUUCCGCAGAUGACCGUUAAUAUUCGCAUACUAACUGAGAUAUGAAUCUGUACAGAUAACUUAUCUUCCUGACAUGUUGGGGGCUGGGUGGGCUGUAACUGAGUUUUGAGUGAUCUUGUGUAUCGUACCAAAAGCGAAUGUUUUCAGAUGAAGGGUGUUAAUGCUCUGGGAUGCAGCGGUGGGAAUGCAGAGAAACCAUUUAUGCCAGUUGUGAAAAAAAGAAUGUCUGCACUGUUUGUGCUGUUUGCUUUGCCUGGGGUGAAGGGUGAGGGGGUCGUGGUUUGUGAGACCCCUUUUCAGGGAUUUUUUUUUUCUCUUGUUUUAGUGACUGUCUCAUUGGUAAUUUCCCAGCAUUUAUUUCUGAUACAAAGAAUACAGGUGAAUAAAUCUAGUUAUCUGA